ACUGCGAUUCCGUAGUCGCAUCAGACACGCGUUGCCGCCAGUCGUUACAACGUGCUCGCACGUGUCCGUAAUUCAAUGUACACUUGUACUUUUUCACUCGUACGCGCGUGUAACAUAUUCAUUCGCGAUCAUUGGUGUACACACCUUAAACGUCACCGGAACGAGUGUCACGUUAAUAAUUUCUCUGGUUUGAAAAUCCUCUCGCGUCGUCGCGCGAUAUUAUCGUUGUGAUUGCAAUUGUUUUUAAACCAUCCCUUUGUCAUCGGAGUACACCGCACGAAGAGUCUCGAAAACGAUAGUGAGGGAGAGAGAGCUUCGGUGCGGUUCGCGUUUUAUGUCAGCGCUCCGCAGUAAACAAUACGUUCGUCAUGAGCACCGCCGACAUGAACCGGUGGAAAGGCAAAGUGGCGUUUGUCACGGGCGCUAACGGAGGAAUAGGCAUGGCCAUCACCAGGAGGCUGUUGCACUUGGACCUGGCCGUGGUCGCUAUCGACAAGCAGACCGAUCAUUUGUUGGAACUUAAGGACGAAAUCAAAACGACCAGUCUUUACCCGUUAAACGUUGACUUGUGUCACGAAGAGGAGAUCAUACGAGCGUUCCAAUGGGUCGAAGAGAUGUUCGGCGGCAUCGACGUGCUCGUGAACAACGCCGGUGUAGGCGGACGAUCCACACUCAUAGACGGUACCGUUUCGGAGUGGAAAAAAAUAUUGGACGUAAACGUCAUAGCGUUAAGCGUUUGCUCGCGCGAAGCUGUGAAGUCCAUGACCAGCCGUAACUUGGAAAACGCUCACAUCAUUCACCUGAGCAGCAAUUUGGCGCAUUUCGUCCCAGCGUAUGGACCGUUUCACUUUUACUCCGCGACCAAACACGCGGUGCGCGCACUCACCGAAGGGCUGCGACAAGAACUGAGGGCGUUGAAGAGUCCUAUAAGAGUCACGUGCAUCAGUCCUGGCCUCGUCAAGUCGUCCAUAUUCAAGAACUCGCUGGGAGAAAACUUCGACAAACAUCUGUACGACAAUCACCCCAGUAUUAGCCCCGCAGACGUGGCGUCCACAAUUGAGUUCAUACUAUCCACUCCUCCGCACGUACAAGUGCAAGAUAUUAUAAUCAAACCUGUAGGUUCAGAGGCGUGAGUUACAUGAAUUCUCAUUAAAUACGUUAUAAAGUUCAUCUCAGAUUAAAAUAUUAAUGUAAUAGUUAAUCAAAUAAUUAAAAUUUACAUCGUAAUACAAAGAACUUAAAUAUGUAUA